UUGUAUAGUCUAUGGUUGGUUGUAUUUGUGUUUGUGUAACGGAGUGAUAGAUUAGGUUAUAUUUAAUAAAAUAUUUUGUAAAUUAGACAUAUACAACAAUAAAUAAUUGUCAACAAUAAUACACAGAAUAGACCAAUUUAAUUUAUCAAGUGUAACGCAAAUUAAUAACGCUUCUUGAAAAUGGCUUUAGCCCUCCAAAGACGAGCCAAUGUUCGCUUACCACCAGAAGUCAACCGAAUACUGUAUAUCAGGAAUUUGCCUUACAAAAUAUCAGCUGAAGAAAUGUAUGAUAUAUUUGGAAAAUAUGGAGCCAUACGACAGAUUCGUGUAGGUAAUACUCCUGAAACGAGAGGAACAGCAUUUGUGGUGUAUGAAGAUAUAUUUGAUGCUAAAAAUGCAUGUGAUCAUUUGUCAGGCUUUAAUGUCUGCAAUAGGUAUUUAGUAGUACUAUAUUACAGAUCUAACAAAGCAUUCAAAGGCAUGGAUAUUGAAAAGAAACAGGAGGAAAUAGAUGCAUUGAAAAAGAAAUAUGGGAUAUCCAGUGAUGAUCUUCGCAAAUAAACUAUUUUAAAUUAAAUUGCUUUUCCCUCAUCCUAGUAAAUUGAAAACCUGUAUAUAAACCAUUUGGUAUCUGCAGAAAAAUGUAGCAUUAUUGGUUUAGGUUUGAAGGAACAGCUA